AUGUUGAUGUUUGUUGUAUUAAUUUAUUGUUUAAUUGGAGUCAUUUUAUCAGAAGAUUUUUAUCAAAAAAUUACAAAAGAUGAAGAAAUAAAUGUUUUUCAAACAUCAACUGAUAAGCUUCCCGAGUAUGAAAUUGUUCCUAUUUACUGGCCAAAAUUACAAACUAGAAAAAAAGGCUCAACAGCUGAAGUAACUUUAACUGUUUUUGGUGAAGAAAUUACACUGGAGUUAAAUCCAGUUGAUGGAGUUUUAGCUGGAUAUAAUACUCCAGUGUAUAUGGCAAGAAACAACACAAAAGAUGGAGGAAUGCGUCUUGAUAAAUAUUCAUCUCUUUUAAAAGAUGUUCAUUACAGUAUGAUGGAAGAUUUUCAAAAAGGUGCAACAAUUGUUGUCAGUCAACAAGCAAAACUAGGAAAAAGAUUAAUUGGAACUGUCAGCAGUAAAAAUAUAGCAAUAAAACCAAUACCUGAACGACUCAUUGAAGAUACAAUAAAACAACGAAAAUUAAUUGACAGAAUAACAUAUGACGAUGAUUAUCAUUAUCAUGUUAUUCACAAAACAAAUGAUUUAAUGGAAAAUAAAAAAUCAAAUAUUUUACAACUUAAAACUUCAUAUAAUGGAUCAAAACCUGAUAUUGUUUAUCCAGAAAUACUAGUUGUUGUUGAUCAUACUUUAUAUCAAAAAUUAGGAGGUAAUGUUUGGAAUGCAAUUCCAUAUUUGCUUGCUUUAUGGAAUGGUAUUGAUAUGAGAUACAGAAUUCUUAAUAAUCCAAAAUGGAGAUUAAAUAUUGCUGGAAUUGUCAUAGCUGAGGAUCCAGUAUUGACAUAUUUAGAAAAUAAUAAACGUACUGGACCAAGAAUUGAAGCAGCUUUAGCAUUAAAACAAAGUGGAUCAUUUUGGUAUUUGCAAAAUAAAACAAUUUCAGUAGAAAGUUAUGAUCUUAUUGCAACAAUGACAACACAAGAUUUAUGCUAUGAUAAUGAAGCAAAAGACGAUUGUGAAGCAGGAAUAUUAGGUGUUGCAUAUAUUGGAUCUGUAUGUCAUGUUGAUCAUCCAUAUCAAGAUAUGUCAAAGGUAGCACUUAUUCAAGAUGAUGGAUUGUAUUCAGCUAUUUUUGUUGGUGCACACGAGCUUGGCCAUGCAUUUGGUUCAAUGCAUGAUAGUAAUGAUAUUUGUAAAAUAACUGAUGGCUACAUUAUGGCUGGAUCACCAAUAAUGAAUAAUAAUUCAUAUUAUUGGUCUACAUGUUCUGUUAAACAAAUUAGUAGUUUUAUAAACACAAAUCCAACUUGUAUAUUCAACAAACCAAAUACUGAUAUGAAUCUACCAAAAUUAAUGGCUGGAAAAUAUAGAGAUGUCAAUGAACAAUGUAUGAAAUCUCAUUUGGAAUCUAAAGCUUGUGAUAUUGAUCAUACUACUUGUCAACAAUUAAAAUGCAUAAAUAAAAGUAAUAAUCUUUGUGAGAUUUCAAAUGUAAUGCCUGAAGAUGGAACUAAAUGUGGAGAUAAUAAAUUUUGCAUGUUUGGUCAAUGUAUUGAUGAAAUUUAAAAGAAAAAUUUAAAUAGUAUAAAUAAAAUAAAUUCUAUAUAAUAAUAAAAUUAUUGUAAUUUUGAGAAAUGAUAAUAAAGGGGAUUUGUUGAUGAUAUCUUGAAUUUAUAAUCAAACACGAUUAUAAUAAAAAUAAAUUAUACAAAUACGAUGCUCUUG